AGGCGUUUCCCCCGUUUCCCCCGGAGAGGCGUUUCCCCCGUUUCCCCCGGGGGGCGAAUGCGCAGCAUCCGGGGAGAAGCAGAAGGAUGAAGCGGCGCGACUCGGACUCCGACGGCCUGUGCUCCUCCGGGGAAAACCCGGAGCGCAACUGCGAGAUGGAGAUGGGUACGAGGUGUGCUGGUAUGGGCAGCGUUUGUGGGUGUGGCCAGGGGGAGGAGUGUGUGUAUGAGCAGAGCUGGUGCACACACUGCAUUGGCUCACACACACAGACGGGUACCAUCAAGUGGGAUCACUGUGAGAAGCACAAAGGGCUGACAACCAGAUACUCAGAGGGGUACGGCACAGAGGAGGAGUGCGUCCUGUCUGAUCCUCAGGGAGAGAGCGAUGCAGACGCUGACAUAGAGGACACUGACAGCAGGCUGCAGGAGGGAGGUUCUCUGCAGCGAAUCAGCUCACGGAGACGUCGGCGUCAGCGCGUGGCACGGCAGGACACUACAGAGAGUGAGGACGAUGGGGGGCGGAGCCACAGGGCUCAUCGCUGGAGUCUGCGGCUCAGCCCCCACCGAGCCCAGAACCGGCCCAUCCUGGAGGAGAGCGUGUCACAGGUUCGGCCGCUGGUUCUGUGCCGGCCGUGUGGGGGGGCGCUGCAAGGAGCACCGACAGAGACCCCCAGGCAGGGGGCGUGGUCCCUGCCCGCCUGGCCCCUCCUCUUCCUCAUCCUGCCUGUGUCCGUCAUCAUCGUCCUCACAGCUUUGCUGCUGCCUCUCACCAAUACCUGACCUCUGUGUGACCUCUGACCCCUCAUAACCCCUGAAAACCCUGACUGACUACUGCUGCAAACUACAGUGAGAAAACCCCCUGUAUAGAGCAGGAAACAGUCCCAGAGCCCCCGUGCAUAUACCAAUAACCAGCUGUACAUACCGACAGCCGCCCCCCAGGCCCAGUGUGUCAGACUGUAAAUCAUCUCUUUUUCUCCUCUUCACUUUCAUUUUUCUCAGUAUUUCUGUUUAAGAAGCUUUAUUGUCAUCAGGCAGUUUUGCCAAAGCUGUAGUAACAGCACACAGCAACAAUGUGUAUUAUUAUUGUUAUUAUUAUUAUUAUUAUUGUUUCAGUUGAAGGAUGUCGUGUUCAGAGGGGGGUACAGCUGUGUCUGCUGCUUGCUGUAAUAAUGUGAAUAUUUAUGAUUAUUGAGUAUUAAUGAGCCAACAGCACUGGCAGCAGUGAGGUAUAAUGAUCAUAUGAAAAUGGUAAGAAUUUAUACAGAAAUCUUUGGUUUAAUAAAGUAUCUCUGA